GAGAAAAAAUGUUAUCAGUUUGAGAUUGAGCAGCGAAAAGCAUUUUAUUUUUACGAGUUUUGUAUGUAAUAUUUGCUAAGACUUCCAAGACUUUUUGUUUUGAUUUCAAGUAAUAUAAAGAUCAAGUUAAAAAAGCAUUGAAAAUGUGUGAAAUUGAGGUGGAUAAGAAAGCAGAGGAGUCCGAAAUUCCCUCGCAGAUUCAGGAAGUGGAUGAAGUUGAUCUAAGUUUUGAGAAAUUAGACAGUUUAGAUGAAUCAACAGAGAAAAUCAAAAGUUUAGAUUCAUCCCCAUCUAUAAAUAACCUUGACGACGGACAGGAUGAACCCAAAAAUCCUGUUCCUUUACAACAUAUAGUAAAAUCACGACCCAAACGAGCUAAGACACGAGCCCCAACACGACCAGUGGCUCCCACUACAAUACAUAUUGAUGAACCUUCAGACGAUGGUAUAGGAGCGUUUUAUGUCCAGCCCACCGUUUCUACUGAACCAAUCAGCAACUCUACAUCUUCACCUUCACGGAAACUAUCAGAUUCUUCAAAAUCAUCCAAUCAACUUAAACCAGAAGGUAAAUCAGAGAAGAAGAAAGGCUGGUCUCCACGUAAUCUUAUCAAGGAUAAAGACAAGGAUAAGGAUAAAGACAAAGAGAAGGAGAAAAAGAGUGGUGGUAUUGCUCAUGGUUUAUCGACUUUCUUCGGAAGAAAGAGUGGGGGCAAGGGAAACGUACCAGCCAAGGGUAAGAAGGAGCACGAGGCCAAGUCUGAGCCUAAACCAGAACCAGAAGCACCGGUGGUGGAAGAAAAGAAAGCUGAAGAUGUUAAGGUUGAGAGAAGUGAUGUGAAGGCACCAAUCGCUGGAGGAGAAAGUUUUGAAGAAGAUAAAAAAGACAGAGAGAAGGAAAAGGAGGAAGAAACAGCAGAGGAGAAGUCUGAAAGUAACGACAAUGUGGGUCGUCUGGCUGGGGGUAAACCGCGCCCUGGAUUUGGAGGGUUGGGCGGUAAUAUGUUACUAGAAAUGAAACAGAAACAAGAAAAACGACUCUCACAGGUUCAUAAACCGAGAACUACACCAGAGAAAGAAAGUCACGAAGCCAACAAUAACCACGUUGAUAACAAAUCAAAAACACCAGAGAAAACAGAAACAUCAGUAUUAAAAUCCACUCCUGAUUUACACCCCCCUUCGACCAGUCAGAGAGAAACAUCACCAAAACAUGUUCUCAGACCACCCACAGAAAAUAAAAAACCUUUAUCGAUCCCAGUUCAACCAGUGCCUACAGAUAAAAGUCCCCGCCCCGCACCUCGAGUAUUAUUACCCCCUAAAAAACAGCCCACCCCUCCAGCUGAUAAAGAGGCUACUGUUCAACUUGAUAGCAAACCUACGCCAUUAAAUAAACCUAAACCUCCACCACCCACCAAACCACGCCCACCCCUCCUCGCCCCUAAACCUCGCACAAGUAUCCGUGCUUCAAAAGAUGUCACUGACUCAUUUGAGCCCCCAUCAACAGAAGAAGUAAAACUUCGAGAGAAGAAACCAGACGCUGAAGUCGUGACAGACUCGGCUACAUUACGAUUAUCAGUGAAGGAGAAAAUACAACGAUUAAGUCGCGGACCAAGUGACGAUAGUCCCAGUAAAUCAGAAUCAGACAUUAAAUCAGAUGAAAGUGAAAACAUAUCAAGUUCAACAUCUCAUGAAAGUAUCAAUGGAGAAAAAUCUACACCCAAAUCAACAGAGGAAUCGCCAGAGGAAUCAAAAACACCUUCAAAAUCGAGCGAAGAAACGUCAGCUAGUUCAGAUGAUAAGGAAAACUCAAAAGAUUCUUCAAAUUUGCCAAAACGAUCAUCAAGGGCAGAAGACGAAAUUAUGGUCUGA